UUCCGACUUCCUUUUCCUGAAUACCAGGAAGUAACCUGAUAGAUAGACGAGGAGACCGGGAUCAUUAACGGAGCCUGCUUUAAAAUAAACAAAUAAAUAAAAGAUCGUUGACAGGCAUUUCAUUGAAUACUGCAACAGGAUACAGGAUGUCUAGACAAUCAAACAGAACUACUGAGAGCAAGAAAAUGAACUCAGAGCUCUUCACUCUCACAUACGGGGCCCUGGUCACCCAGUUGUGCAAGGAUUAUGAGAAUGAUGAAGAAGUCAACAAGCAGCUGGACAAGAUGGGGUACAAUAUCGGAGUGAGGCUCAUCGAAGACUUCCUGGCUCGAUCCAGUGUGGGGAGGUGUCACGAUUUCCGAGAAACAGCCGAUGUCAUUGCGAAGGUGGCAUUCAAGAUGUAUCUGGGCAUCACUCCCAGCGUGACCAACUGGAGCCCGGCAGGGGACGAGUUCUCGCUCAUCCUGGAGAGCAACCCGCUGGUGGACUUUGUGGAGCUACCAGACAACCACAGCACCCUGGUGUACUCCAACCUUCUCUGUGGGGUGCUGAGAGGAGCCCUGGAGAUGGUCCAAAUGGCGGUGGACGUUCGGUUCGCCCAGGACACGCUAAGAGGGGACAACGUGACCGAGAUCCGCAUGAAGUUUAUCAAGAGGAUCGAGGAGAACCUUCCUGCCGGAGAUGAGUGAGACGAACCAGGCUCGUGAAGAACCGGCAGCUCGUGGAUCUAAGACAUGGAGAGAGGAGAGAGACUGCAGAUGUGAUUAUGUAUAUACAAACUGCUUCAUAUAAGCCCUGCUCCCAGCUCCUUGUACAGGCAGUUUCAUCUUUAGGGGCACCCUUCUACAUGUUAUCUCCUGAGUCUGGGACAUGUUUUCCCACCACCAACAAAAAAACACUUGUACUGGUUACUGAGAAGGGGGUUCAGCUCUCCAAGUAAAGGCAUGUCCAGGAUUCCCCCCCCCCAGGUUUCUUAGUUUGCCUUUUGAUACAGAAUUAUCAUUUAACAAGUUUGAGUCUGUCAUGUUUUUUGAGUAUAGAAUGUGGUGCACUCUUGAGUAGUAUUAGAUUUUGUUUUUAUAGAUAAAAAUUCAUCAACAUCAAAAAGGCUGUUCUGUGUAACAACUCAUUGUUUUGUUUUGUUUUUUAAAUCUCUUUUCCUGCCACAGAUAAGAUAACAUGCCCUCAGCAUGGCAAUUUAACUUAUACUAUUAAUGAAACUUAAUAAACUCUCUUGGAGAUGGAACACAA